AUGGCGUCGGAGCUACCUUUCGAGUUAAACAACAAGGACAUAUGGCGUGAUAAUUCUCUCGUCAAUGGCGAGUGGCAGGAAGCCCAGUCCAAAAAGCGCUUUGAUGUUGUCGAUCCUGGCACUGGCAAGACUUGGGCUACUGCCCCUGACAAUGGACCUGAUGAUGUAGACAAGACUGUCCAGGCAGCUCACACAGCUUUCGAAUCUUAUCGCAAGGUUAACCCAAGGACCAGAGCUCAAUGGCUGUUGAAAUGGGAUGCACUUAUUCGAGAGCACAGAGAUGAUAUCGCCAAGAUCGUGACUUACGAGACUGGCAAACCGAUCGCUGAGAGUCAGGGAGAACUUGACUACGCUCUGGGCUUCACCUGGUGGUUUGCAGGAGAAGCCGAGAGAAUUCAAGGCACAGUUUCUACACCCGCAGCACCUGGGCGCCGUGUCUUCACCAUCAAACAACCCAUUGGUGUUGCUGUAGCACUUACGCCAUGGAACUUCCCUAUCGCAAUGAUCCUCCGUAAGGCGGGAGCAGCCCUGGCCGCAGGCUGUACCAUGAUCGUCAAGCCAUCUCCUGAGACCCCGUUCUCUGUCUUGACAUUGGGAUACCUCGCUCUGCAAGCAGGCUUCCCACCCGGUGUAUUCAACGUCUUGACGACCAGUCUCGACAACACGCCUUCGCUGUCUGAAGCCUUGUGCCGACAUGAGCUCGUCAAGAAAGUCACCUUUACAGGCAGCACCCGCGUAGGCAAACUCGUAGCCAAGAUCUGCAGCGAUGGAUUGAAGAAAGUUACACUUGAGCUAGGAGGCCUCUGCCCGUUUUUAGUCUUCGAAGACGCAGAUCUAGAGCACGCGGCUAACGCACUGAUGGCCUUGAAGUGGCGCCACGCAGGCCAAGCCUGCAUAACCGCCAAUCGCGUCUACAUCCAGAAAUCCAUCUAUGCAAAAUUCAGCGACAUCCUCAUCUCAAAAACCAAAUCCCUCACCAUGGGCCACGGCAGCUCCCCCUCCACAACCCUAGGUCCCGUAACCACUCCUCGCGGCCUCGACAAGGCCGAGUCCCAAGUCAACGACGCUCUAUCUCAUGGUGGAAAAUUGUUGCUGGGAAGUGGGGCCCGCGCAAAAGACACCGAGGGCUUCUUUUUCGAGCCAGCGAUUAUUGGAAACGCGAAUGGGAAAAUGUUGAUUGCGAGUGAAGAGACUUUUGCACCUGUGCUUGCGUUGUUUGCGUUUGAGACUGAGGAGGAGGUGGUGAAAGCCGCCAAUGAUACCAGUAUGGGGUUGGCUAGUUAUUUCUUCACCAAGGAUGUGGAUAGGACGUGGAGGUUGUUUGAGAAUUUGGAGGCGGGUAUGAUUGGUAUCAACACUGGUAAUUCUUCUGCUGCCGAGUCGCCAUUUGGAGGCAUCAAAGAGAGUGGCUAUGGAAAGGAGUCUGGCAAGGAUGUGGCCGUCAACGAGUACUUGGUCACCAAGACGGGCACCUUUACUCUAGAUGGGCAGUACUAA